AUGGGUAUAUUUUUUAGCAAGCGUUCACGCAUCACUCAACAGGACAAGGCUAUUCUACAAUUAAAGCAACAACGCGAUAAGCUUAAGCAGUACAAAAGAAGAGUAGAAGUUCAAAUAGAGCGAGAUCGUUCAUCUGCCAAACAACUUUUGAGCGAUGGAAAAAAAGAUAAGGCCUUAUUACUCCUUAAAAAGAAAAUAUAUCAAGAGAGUUUGAUUGAAAAGUCAGAAGGCUAUUUGCGAAACAUAGAGCGAUUGACAGAAGAUUUAGAGUUCGCCCAAGUUGAAAUUCAAGUAUUCGAUGGAUUAAAAGCUGGAAAUGCCGCCCUUAAAAGCCUCCAUGAGGCGCUUUCUUUGGAUGAUGUUGAAAAACUCAUGUCUGAUACCCAAGAUGCCAUUGACUAUCAAAGGGAGAUUGAUUCAAUUUUGUCAGGUUGUCUAACUUCUAAGGAUCUUUCAGCUGCAGAAUGCGAGCUUAACGAGCUUUUGAGCCAUGAUGACUUACAGCAACCGCUUCCCGAAGUCCCUGGUGAUGCUCUUCCGGCCACAAAACGGCAUGGUACGGUAGACGAUCUGCAAAUAUUAUUUUUUUUAAACGAAUUCUUUAUUUCAUAUGAUCACUUUCUCUUUUAA